AUGAACACUCCUGUUAACAAGACUAUUUCCGUGCCCUUCAAACUAACAUAUUUGCUGCCACGGCGUUUCGAAGGAAACAUUUUCGACACUUUUACACACGCCACCUCAACUUCGGAUUCAGCAGUCAAUGACUUGUCGAAAGCUGCCACUCAGGCACCAUGCAUCUCUUAUGAUGACGCCUUUGUCGACAUUGUUGGACCAGGUCCAUUCAUCAAGCUAAUUGAGGAGCGAGAACAGAAUUUCGCAGGUGAAGCAGGAGUCUGGAUUCCAGAGCGCGAUGAAGUCUGGUACACGACCUGGAUCAACGAUGGUCUGACUCACGUUGAAGUCCUCAACUUGAAAGAAAAGAAGACACGGAAACUAUCAACUUCAGAGCCUCUCGAGAACCCCAAUGGUGGCUACUACCACGAUGGUCGAGUCUACUUCACUUGUCCCCGGGACGAUUCCAGAAAAUGGCCUGGAGGCGUUGUCGCAAUCGAUCCCAGCACUGGCAAGGUCGAAUGGAUCCUGAACUCCUACUUUGGUUUAAAAUUCGACAAUAUCGACGAUAUUACCUGGGUCACGAAUUCAACCACAAAAAGGUCUUACAUGUUCAUCACUAUCCUACCUUACCCCGACGGAUCGCAGCCAACCAACACGCUGCCCUCAGGACUAUGGAGAUGGGAUCCACAAGAAAAACUGCUACUACCAGCCAUUAGUCGCACCGAGUUCCCAGUCGCAAACGGCAUACGACCCUCAAAAGAUCACAAAGCACUAUGGCUGACGGAUUUCGGUGGCGGAGAGAGAAGUCGAGUCUGGGGACUACCCGCCAAAGUUGGAGCGCCUGCAAUCUACAGAUACGACCUCGAUGACGAGAUGUGGCCCGUAAACAAACGCAUCUUCGGAGUAGCUCGAAUGCAAGCGCCAGAUGGCAUCAGGAUCGACAACAAAGGCAGAGUCUGGACAGCUGAAGGAGAGGGCGUCGUUGUGAGAGCGCCUACUGGAAGAGUUCUCGGGGUGUUCAAUGCAUAUUACUUUACCAGAGAUCCUGUCAAGACGGCUAUUGUGCAAUUUGAGCUUGCAGGAGAUGUACUAGUCAUUCUGGGUCAGAACAAAAUCUGGAUCGUCAAAUUGCAAGAGGUAGUCAAUGCAUCUUCAGAGCUAUUGGACUAG